ACUAAAUAAAGUGCCAGAGUGGAAUUUCCAACUGUAUCUAUUUGAGGAAAAUAGCCUAAAAAAACUGGUUGGCUAGGAAUUGGAUACACAAAAUCUCUGCUCCUUCAUGGCUACUCUUUCAUGUUCACCAUUUUUUUUUAAUCAUACUUGUUCAGGUACCAAGAAAAAUUUAAACCAAGUCAUUUUAGGCUGCAAGAACAAUGUGCCAGAUUCAAGAAAAGGUGUGCAAGUUAAAGAAGAAUCUUUAACCAAGAGAAGAGAGCUCCUGCUACAGGCAGGCUCUGUUGCAUUUUCUCUGUCGGCGUUUACUUCGAUCGCAUUGGCAGAGGAUGAUGUCGCGGAGGAUUUUCGUGUUUAUUCAGAUGAUAUCAACAAGUUUAAGAUAACGAUACCCCGUGAUUGGCAAAUAGGCGCAGGAGAAGGUGAUGGAGUAAGAGCGCUCAUAGCUUUCUAUCCUCAAGAAUCAUCUAACUCAAAUGUCAGCAUUGUAAUCACAAGCCUUGGUGCUGAUUUCACUAAACUGGAAUCUUUUGGGAAAGUUGAUGAAUUUGCGGAGAAUCUGGUUAGUGGAUUAGACAGAAGCUGGCAAAGGCCGCCAGGCGUGAAAGCAAAACUCAUCGAUAGCAAAGCUUCUAAAGGGUUGUAUUACAUCGAGUACACUCUCCAAAAUCCUGGUGAAAGUCUCAGACAUCUAUAUUCAGUUCUUGGGAUAGCAGACAACGGGGUUUACAAUAGACUGUAUACUCUCACCGGACAGUUUGUAGACGAGGAGUCAGAGAAAUACAGUGCCAAAGUACAGAAGGCUGUUUCUUCUUUCAGAUUAAUAUGAUGACAUAAUAGAGAGCGCGAUGUCAGAAAUUUUGGCUUGAGCUUAUGGUUUGCUAGUUUGGUGAAAGGCAAACAUCAUUGAUUAUAUCAACACAGAGGAACAUAUCAAGUUCAGGCCAAGGUAUAUUAUUAUGACUCCCAAGAAAAUAGAGCUCUAGCCGAUGGUAGAGCCACAACCAAUGAAGGGCGGCGUUCAACUGAAUCCCCUUCACUGGAAAAUCAUAUCGCGCAAAUAGGGCAAACAAAAAUAUUCUUUUUGUAUAUGUAAAUUUUUGAAUCCUCUUUUGACAUAUAUAUUUCCAUUUGAAGUGACCA